AUGGCGGGCUCAAUGCACCUCUCCCGGCUCCGCAAGUGGUUCCUCGCCUCCCCGCCCAUCGAGUUCGCGAUCACCAACCUCAAGGAGCUCCUGGUCGGCGCGCUUCGGCAGGGCCCUAUUCCUCAGCAUGUCGCGUUUGUCAUGGACGGAAACCGUCGGUUUGCCAGGUCACAUGGAAUUGAGACUGUGGAGGGUCACAACCUGGGAUUCGAAGCGUUAGCUCGGAUUCUAGAGGUCUGCUAUAAGAGUGGAGUCAAGGUUGUCACGAUCUACGCAUUCAGUAUCGAGAAUUUUAAGCGGUCCAAGUUCGAGGUGGAUGCGCUCAUGGAUAUGGCCAAGGUGAAGCUCUCGCAAAUGGCACAACAUGGCGACCUGCUUGAUCGAUACGGAGCCAAGGUCCGCGUUCUGGGCCGAUUGGACCUACUCAAGCCCGACGUCCUGGCCGCGGUCAACAAAGCCGUUGAUCUGACCAGCCGUAACGGCGACCGCGUGUUGAACAUCUGCUUCCCCUACACCUCCCGCGACGAGAUCACCUCUGCCAUCCGUGAAACCGUCGACGACUACAGCCAGCCUCUCAAGCCCGCCAACGGCAGUCGCACGCCCUUCUCCGAAUCGCAUAUUACUUAUAAUAUCCGCGCUCAGAACCUCGGGUCCAAACCGAACGAUACGCACAGUGACUCCGGCUCGACGUCUGCUGAUUCUUCGGCACCAGAAGACGACUCCUCGGCUUUACGACCUGAUCAUUCCCACCGUGUAUAUGAGUCCGGCUCCUCAUUCUCUUCCUCCACAACUCUCCACCUGGGCCAGCAGGAUGGACAUAAUCAGAAGGGGGCAACCCAGGGAAACAUCUCCGGCUCUGAAAAGCCGGUCUUCAGCUCCCCUGAAACCAUUUCGCGCCAGACCCUGUCCGACCAUAUGUUGACCAAGGGCACUCCGCCUUUAGACAUGCUGAUCCGCACCUCGGGCGUCGAGCGUCUGAGCGACUUCAUGCUCUGGCAAUGCCACGAAAAUACCGAGAUUGUUUUCCUUGACGUCCUCUGGCCCGAGUUUGAUUUGUGGCACUUCCUACCCGUCAUGCUCGGCUGGCAACGGCGCAUCUCCAAGUCUCGCCAGAACCCAGAAGCCGAGGGCAACUUUGCUGGAGACAGUCCUGAGUCCAGCGAGGAAGAUUUGGAUGCCAUGGUUUUGCGACAAGGCAAGGUCAAGGGCAUCUAA